AUGGAUACUGUUAGACCAGAAUAUUGUAGACCUGAAGGAGUAAAUAUGAUUGAAAUUAGUAGAUGCAACACCCCUACAGAUGUAUUUAUGGUAUUUAUUGAAUCAAUUUUGAAAGAUUUGGUUUAUCAAACAAACUUAUAUGGCACACAGAAAAAUAAAGCACUUAGAAUACAGAGAGAAGAUAUGUUAGUAUUCUUAGGUAUUAACUUUUUGAUGGGAUAUAACCGUUUACCGUCAUAUAAAGAUUAUUGGAGUACAUCAGAUGAUCUUGGAGUUAAACUUGUGUCAAAUGCUAUGUCACGAGAUAUGUUAGAAAAAAUUCUUAUUCAUCUACACUGCAAUGACAGUACACUAUUGCCUACAAACAACAAAGAUAAACUGUUCAAAAUAAGAUCAAUAAUAGAUUAA